AUGUCCACAGAUGAAGACAGCAUCCAGACCAGUGGCCCUUUGUCCACUCAGGCCACUUCCUCUGUCAAACGCUCCAAUUAUAAAGACUUUCAUUUGAAUCGGGCGUCCAAAGUGUGGGAGGACCGAUUUCUUGGAAAUUCCACAGCAUGCCAUUUUGCUCGACACCGAACGGCCUCUCAGGUCAUUGGCAAACGGCACAGCUUCGCAGGUCGUCACAUUUCUUCACGUUUCACAAGUUCUGAAUCCAUACCCACCAACCUGCUCAAAUCGCGAUCGCAAAUCGGCAGCAGCUUGAGUAGUAUUAAAGAACAUCUAUUUACUAUGAUUGCACCGGAUGACAAUAAACUUUGCCUCAAGUUUUUCGGCACCAAACGAGCAGUGCACUUGGAACAGCAAAGAAUGUUCAACCAGCAGGUGUGGAUUAUACAUCCGUACAGUUGCUUCAAGUAA